CGGGCAUCCGCCAAGCCCCCGCAUCUGCGUUGCCGUUUGGUCCGACGGGCAGCGCCGCCGUCUGGUCUUUUUCAAGGGGCAGAGCGCCGCCUUCCAGUUUCCUUUGAUGGGCAACCUGUGUCGAGAGUCAGCUGGGGUUGCAGCUGAUCGAGCUGGCGUGUCAUCAUCGCAGCAGCGUGGCCGAAUGAACGACUGUCAAUCUCUCCAGCCGAAAAAGAACCCGUUGCUCUUCGCGUAGAUUUUGUUGGACGUGAUUGGAUCGAAAGCUUGAUUAUCUGGCGGAGUGAUGCCGGAGUCAUAAUGCUUGGAGCGCCAAACUUCAUAACUUCAUAAAAAAAGGACCCUUGGAAUAGAUUCGAGGUCCUUGGGGUCGUUCGCUUGGGGUCGUUCGUUGGUGGUUGUAGAGAAGACGCGAGCUUUCUAAAGGUGACAUAUUCGUUUCAUUUUUAUUUUUUUUAUUUUUUUGACGACCAACUUUUUGGGGGAUUUUGCGAAAAGAGGGGGAUUUUGCGAAAAGAGGAAAGAGGAUGGCACCACCUUUAGGAGGCGGGAUGCAGCUUCGAGAAGCCAUGUCAGCAUUCGAUCCAAGGGGCGAGCUUCUCGCGAUGUUGUCAGGCGCUGGACGUGUCAAGACUUGGGAUGUAUCGACAGGUCAACUCCAUGCGGAAUUCGUUUACCAGGUUGGCGGUGGUGAUGGGUCUUUAUUAGAGUCAAACGGGGCUCUGGCAAUGGAUUACACGGUGCUAGCUUGGGGCGAGAUCUCUGUCGAUACUGCAAAGAGCAAGAAGAAGAAAGAGGGGAAGAUCGGUCACAAGCAGCGGCUGCUGGCGGUGGGCACUAGCAGUGGACAUGUGUUAGCGUGGGACUCGGCUUUGGGAGAGCUGAAAUGGCGAACAAAUGAUUGCAAUGCUGGAGGUGUUACGUCUCUCGCGUUUUCCCCAACUGGAGGAGUUCUAUAUGCAGGCGGAGCUGAUGGCCAAGUCUGUGAGCUGGAUUGCACGAGCGGAAGGAUUCUGGAAAGGUUCCGUGGAAGCAAACAUGCAAUUUCAUCUGUAGCGGUUUCGCCAGAUGGAGGGCAGCUACUUGCCGCAAGCUCCGAGAUAAAGCUCUUCGAUUUGGCAAGCAAGAAAAGUCAGCGAAAGUUUGCAGGCCAUCCGACCUCCGUAAAGGCGCUUAUCUUUGCCGCGAAGGGCUCGUAUGCAGUUUCAUCGUCCCUUGGUGAUCGGCACAUUGCAGUGUGGAAUUGUGUGGCUUCGAAGACAGAAGAUACUUCAGGUGUUGUGGCUGCGUUGGGGAUGGAAGAUCCUGGAGUUGCUGUUGAUUGGGGAGGAGAGGGGGAGGAGAGUGAUGCUUUGAAGUUGCUUGCUGUCUCCGAGAACGGGGAAGUGUAUGUAUGGCAAGCUGACUCAGCAUCUAAGCUGGCAAAGAGUAAACCCAUCAGGAUCAGGGUGUCCAACCCUUCCCAAGGUAAAGGGGGCAAGAAAACAGGAGAUAUCAUCCUGGCGGCUAGAUUCGUCAGAGGUGCAGAUGGACAUCAGAGCAGUGCUGUGUUGGUUGCCAAGGGUAGUGUUGCAAAGCCCGAGUUUGAGCGAGUUGAGUUGAGUGACAAGGAUGGCGAGGUGCUCCUGAAAGCGGCGGAAGAUGGUCUGUUGUUGAAAACACCGCGGGCCAAGACCAGUGAGCCAGGACCCAAGGAGAAAGGGAUGAUCACGGUAUUGGGGCCGGAAACUGCGGGUGAGGUGGUAAUGCAGCAGCCACAGUUGGCAGUAGAAGACUUGAAAGCUCGCAAGCAAGCGAAGGAGAAGAAGAGACGGAGGGCAAGUGGAGGGGAUGUCGAGAUGACAGCUGGCCAAGCAAAAGUUGAGGAUGAUGACACCGUUCAGCCGGAAGCUGGAGAUGUAAUGAAUGUAGAUAAUGGGGAGCAGACACUUGAGGAAAUGCUUGCCUCGAUGGGUUUGGACGUAAGUGGACAAGUACGCGACACCCAGAAGGGGCAGCUUGCAGAGAAUAUUAAGGCAGAGUCUCUCCAGGUGCUGAUAUCGCAAGCGCUUCAUUCAGAAGAUAAUGAACUCAUAGAGCGAGGUCUUAAUGUAAUUAACGAUAAGGUUGUGACAUCCACAGUUCGGAGACUAACAUCGAUUGAGGCAGGGAAGCUGUUGUCACUGCUUGUUGCAAAGCUGCAUGCAAAACCGAACAGAGACAACUUGGUGAUGUGGAUUCGAUCAAUCCUAUUGUACCAUGCGGCUCAUCUCAUGUCGGCGCCAAAUGUCCAAGUUGCCCUUUCCUCACUGCAGCAGCUCAUCGGUGCGCGGCUGAGUGUGUUUCAGCCAAUGCUUGCUCUCCUCGGGCGCCUAGACCUUGUUCUUUCACAGAUCGGGCAAUUGGGAGGUGCGGUCGAACAAGCGGAUGGACCAGAUACGCCCGCGAUUGUGUAUGAGGAGGAGGAGACGGAUGACGAAGAGGAGGAUGUGGAAGAUGCAAUGGUAGAUGAAAGUGAAGGGUUUAGCGAUGAGGACGAGGAGUGGGAUAGCCAGGACGACACACCAGCGAAAGGGAAAGAGGACAAUCAUGCGGCAGAUGACAUUUACGGAGAGAGUGACGAGGAUUUGGAAUCGUUGUCGUCAUAAUUUUUCUGUCAAACCCAAAAUUCUUUUUAUAUCCUCUUGUCUCCUUUCCUCUUGAGGCAAUAUUCUCCAAGCACUCACUCGAUCCGUUGCUCCGCGAUUUUGUCCUCCGUUCUUCCCCAAGCUUUGCCCUCUUUUCUCCUCCCCUUCUUCCGUCCCCACCAUCCCUUCACAAUCUCCUGUAGCCGCCUCUUUUUUUUGUCUUCCCCCCCCUCAACCUUAAAUGGGCCUACUCCUUUGUUUGACGCUUCCGUCAUCCUGUUUUGCAAUGUGGAUGCAGAUUCCUUUUUAGGAUUCUGAGUGUUGGGGAAUCUGUAUCCACACAUGGCAAUGCGCAGGCAUGUUCGAGCUCGGACCUAACACGUCC